CUGUUUGUGAUAAGCGCCGCCUUUCUCUCAUCUGGCGUGUGCCAGUUCUUAAUAUUUGUUAUUUAUAAGAUUGUAAGUGAUAUGUUAGCCGCUAGAAGAAUACUGUUGAUUUAGCAAUAGGAUAUGAAUUAUUGAAACGUCUGAUAGGACUUGAUUAUAGUACGAAACUAAGGAAACCCACCCGGAAUAUGACCAGUACGAUGCGUUCCCCGCAAAAGUAGAUGAGCGGGAGUGCGUAUCUGACGUCCAAUGGGCAGGAGAAACACACAGUUCACUGGUUCCGCAAGGGCUUGCGGCUGCACGAUAAUCCUUCACUGAAGGAGGGGCUGAAAGGGGCCAGCACGUUCAGAUGUGUUUUUGUCCUUGAUCCUUGGUUCGCCGGUGCCUCCAAUGUCGGCAUCAACAAAUGGAGAUUUCUCCUCCAAUGCCUCGAAGACCUCGACCGUAAUCUCCGGAAACUAAACUCCAGACUGUUCGUAAUCCGGGGCCAACCCGCCGACGCCCUCCCCAAACUCUUCAAGGAAUGGGGCACCACUGCCCUGACUUUCGAGGAAGAUCCUGAACCGUUCGGCCGGGUCAGAGACGACAACAUAACCGCCUUGUGCAAAGAGCUGGGGAUAAGCGUCAUCCAGAAGGUGUCUCACACCCUCUACCACCUCCAACACAUAAUCGACAGGAAUGCUGGACAGGCUCCCCUGACGUACCAUCAAUUCCUGGCGGUGGUCGCUUGCAUGGGUCCACCACCUAAGCCUGAAUUGCCGGUGAAUGCGUCUAGUUUGAAUGGGGCGGUUACGCCCCUGUCUGAGGACCACGACGAGAAGUAUGGGGUGCCCACUUUGGAGGAGUUGGGGUUUGACACUGACGGUUUAAACCCACCGGUAUGGCAGGGGGGCGAAACCGAAUCUCUGGCACGUCUAGAACGCCACUUGGAAAGAAAAGCUUGGGUGGCUUCCUUUGGUCGACCGAAAAUGACGCCGCAAUCUCUCUUACCGUCCCAAACGGGACUGUCGCCAUAUCUGAGGUUCGGAUGCCUCUCCACAAGACUGUUUUACUACCAACUGACUGAUCUGUAUAAGAAAAUUAAGAAAGCCUUUCCGCCGCUGUCUCUACACGGACAGUUGCUUUGGAGGGAAUUCUUCUACUGCGCCGCUACCAAAAACCCAAACUUUGACAAGAUGUUAGGGAACCCGAUCUGCGUGCAGAUUCCGUGGGAUAAAAAUCUAGAAGCUCUAGCUAAGUGGGCAAAUGGUCAAACUGGUUUUCCUUGGAUCGACGCCAUAAUGACCCAGCUGAGGCAAGAAGGUUGGAUUCAUCACCUGGCGAGGCACGCGGUAGCCUGUUUUUUAACGAGGGGUGAUCUUUGGAUUUCUUGGGAAGAAGGCAUGAAGGUCUUCGAGGAACUUCUGUUAGAUGCCGACUGGUCCGUAAACGCGGGAAUGUGGAUGUGGCUGUCCUGUUCCAGUUUCUUCCAGCAGUUUUUCCACUGCUACUGCCCCGUCAAAUUCGGCAGAAAAGCUGACCCUAACGGCGAUUACAUAAGAAAAUAUCUGCCGGUGCUCAAGAAUAUGCCCAUACAGUACAUCCACGAGCCGUGGGCGGCUCCUGAGAACGUCCAGCGUGCGGCGAAGUGCAUGAUCGGAAAGGACUAUCCUCUUCCGAUGGUAAACCACGCCAGUGCUAGUCGUAUCAACAUCCAGAGGAUGAAACAGGUGUACCACCAACUCGCGAACUACCGGCCUCUAGAACACUGUAAAUGUAACGGGCCGGAAAACCACAAAGAUGGUUUCCAGCACCAGGCGAAUGCGGUUACGGUUGGGAAUCACAAUAGUAAUAAUCAGUCAUUAAAUUAAGGACCAUAUUUAUUUUUUUGUAGAUUUGUGAUAUUUUUAUUAAUUUUCUAAGAUUUGUGUCAAAUUGAAAGCAUAGGGUUUAAGAGAGACACAAACAUUUUAAUUCUCGAUUAACAUUACACUAUUUUUGAAAGAUUAGAUUUUUUUAUUUGAAAUUUUUUUUUUAACCAUAUUUAAGACGGUGGUGAUGG